CUGAUGACACAGAUAAAGCAAUCUUCUUCUCCUAAUUCUUUUACUUCAAUCCACCUACUCCCGCCCAUAUCUUUUCUACCAAACACUCACAAAUUUACUCUUUUUUUUACUUUUUUGGUCCGCUGGUUCGUAUUUAGCUAUUGUCGGUUGUCGACUUUGCUGAUUGGUGGCCAAGCAGCCCUUCUGGAUUUGAAAAGCCAAAACCUUUUUUCCUUUCAUUUAUACACCAAUUUUCCUCAUUUUCCACUAGUAUUCAAUUCUUUACUCAAAAACCUUCAGCAAUCAUCCAAUAUUGGGUGCCAAAUUGGCCGUGCAUAA